CAAUGGGCUACAAAAACGUGGCUAUUUGACUAGCGUGCUACGUUCUUACAGAUGGCAGCUGUUAUUCAGGACCCUUCUCGCCAAAUUACAAAACCGGAACUAGUGUUCAAAAUCGACGGACUCUCUUGUGGCGUAAAUGAUGCGAUCUUUAUCCCUGGUAGAGACUCUAUCGUUACAGGAUCAGAGGAUCGUACUUUGAGGAUUUGGGUCAGGAGAGACACUGGGAAGUUCUGGCCAACAGUUAUCGAGCUGCUACCCAGUCCCGUCACUUGUAUCACGUAUUCUGCCGAGUCACACAGGUUAUUCGUUGGUUUGGAGAAUGGAACGGUUGUAGAAUAUGACGUUGCUGAAGAUUUGAAUCAUAUUGAACACAAAAGAGACUAUCUCUCCCAUACUGCUAGGACAACUGGGAUCGUCUGCACUCCAGAUAUGGGUUGGGUUGUAUCUGCCUCAAAAGAUCGAACUGUCGCAUGGUAUUCGACGAAUAGUGGUAGACGUAUAUGUGAACAUAAUUUAGAGCACUCAGCCACGUGUUUGGAAUAUGAUGUUGGCUCACACUACGUGUUUGUUGGUGAUAGCAGCGGUCGCAUUACUUUAUUGAGCAUUAAUCAAGUCAAUGGUCAAGUGAUGUGUCGUGUAAUUCGUGAACUCCGUGGCCAUGAGCAGUCAGUAUCCUUUCUGGCUUGGGAUAGUGUAAAUUCUCGUCUAUUUUCUUGCAGUGCCGACCGUUCUGUUAUCUUCUGGGAUAUUGGUGGAGCUAAAGGUUCAUCUUUUGAGUUGCAAGGACAUUCCAAAGAAGUAUCGUCAAUAUGUUGGUGGAGUACGGGUGCCUCUUCUGCAAACGUCAAGGACAGUAAGUACAAAGGACUACUUAUAUCCGGUGGUCUUGAUGGUUAUCUGAUUUUCUGGUUUAUGGACCCUUCACGCAUAGAAAGUCCUAACUGGUCAGAAUCAGAUAUCUGUCAUAUCUGUAGCGGGCCAUUUUUCUGGAAUGUCCGUAAAAUGUGGAACAACAUGUCGGUUGGUGUGCGUCAGCAUCACUGUCGUCGAUGUGGUCAUGCUGUUUGUGACAAGUGUUCUCCUUAUCGGUCUAAUCUACCGUGCAUGGGUUUCGAAAAAGAUGUUCGUAUAUGCAAUCAAUGCUUUCCUUUAAUAACUGAUUCAGACCGCAGGAGUUUGGCUACUUCGUUUGACGCUCGCCAUCCUGUUACAUGUAUUCGUGUAGAGGAAUCCCUGAAUUUACUUCUAACGGUUGGGAAAGAUCGGAUUAUCAAGGUCAAAGUGACCCGUGUAACGACUCUAGCAGACAAACGUCUUCACUAAUAAGUAUGUCUUCUAUCUACAUUAUCAGACGUUCUAAACAAACACAUUACUAAAGUGAUAUUUUCGGUCAUUGGAUUUUUGGUAAUUCAUGUACUCAAGUUCACAUUAAGCAAAUAAUAAUGACCAUAGCAAAAGUUAUCUAUAAUAACAGCUGGAAAACCGUUUUGUUAGCAGUGAUUUGUGAAAUUGUAACUUCAAUGUUAUACUUCUGAGACAUGUUUUGGACUGGACUGACAAAAAACUAAGAGAAUUCAAUGUGGUGAUACCAUUCUGUGGAUGGCAGUCGACUGACCAGCUGAAGUUAGGUUAAACGUUUUUGAGCAAACAUAGUUCUUCUCCAAUAUUCAUUUUAACCAUUGAAGCAUUCCACUUCAUUCUUUAGUAAAACAAUUAAGUUCUGUGUUUAGGCGUGAUUAAAUAACCGUACAAAACGCUUAGAAACCUUAGUUUAAUGUUACAUCGAAUUCUAUAAAGAGCAUUUCAUUGAUAAGGUAAAAUAUAGUAUUGUUUACCUUGAUUAUCUCCCUAUACAGGUAUUGUUUAGUUUUCUUUCUGUUACCAACAAAUAUGAUGAAUUUCUUUAGAGUUGUU